GCUUUCUUCCUCUUCCACAGAUGUUGACGAAUGCGUCGAGGGGACUGACAACUGCCACAUUGACGCCCUCUGCCAGAACACCCCCAAAUCCUACAAGUGCAUCUGCAAGUCCGGAUACUCCGGGGACGGGAAGCAUUGCAAAGACGUCGAUGAGUGCGAGCGGGACGACAACGCUGGCUGCGUCCACGACUGUGUCAACAUCCCGGGGAAUUAUCGCUGCACCUGCUACGACGGCUUCCGCCUGGCGCACGACGGCCACAACUGCCUGGAUCUGGAUGAGUGCUCGGAGGGGAACGGCGGCUGCCAACAGACCUGCGUCAACAUGAUGGGGAGCUACGAAUGCCACUGCCGGGACGGCUUCUUCCUGAGUGACAACCAGCACACCUGUAUCCAGCGCCCGGAAGAAGGAAUGAACUGCAUGAACAAGAACCACGGCUGUGCCCACAUCUGCCGGGAGACCCCCAAGGGGGGCAUCGCCUGCGAGUGCCGUCCGGGCUUUGAGCUCACCAAGAACCAGCGGGACUGCAAAUUGACCUGCAACUAUGGAAAUGGAGGAUGCCAACACACGUGUGACGAUACAGACCAAGGGCCCAAGUGUGGCUGCCAUGUGAAGUUUGUGCUGCACACUGAUGGGAAAACGUGCAUAGGGGAGAGGCACCUCCAGCAACACGUUACCCCCCAGACGUUUUCUAAUGAGACCUGCGCCGUGAACAAUGGGGGCUGUGACAGCAAGUGCCAUGACGCAGCCACGGGUGUGCACUGCAGCUGCCCAAUGGGCUUCAUGCUGCAGCCAGACAGGAAAACUUGCAAAGAUAUUGACGAGUGCCGGCUGAACAAUGGUGGCUGCGACCACAUCUGCAGGAACACGGUGGGCAGCUUCGAGUGCAGCUGUAAGAAAGGCUACAAGCUGUUGAUCAACGAAAGGACCUGCCAAGAUAUUGACGAGUGCUCCUUCGACAGGACCUGUGACCACGUGUGUGUCAACACCCCGGGGAGCUUCCAGUGCCUGUGUCACAAGGGCUACACGCUGUACGGGCUCACCCACUGUGGAGACAUCGAUGAAUGCAGCAUCAACCGAGGAGGCUGUAAAUUCGGCUGCGUAAACACCCCUGGCAGCUACGAGUGUACCUGUCCGGCCAGCUGUAAACUGCACUGGAACAAAAAGGACUGCAUAGAGCUGGUGAAAUGCCUGACGGGCCCCAUCUCUCACCGGGCCAUGCUCACCUGCAACAAGAACGGCAAGAAGGACAGUUGCUCCCUCACCUGCAUCUCCAAGGCCCGCUUCCUGCCAGAGUCCGACAGCAGCUACACGGUGAGCUGUGGGACGCCCAUCCUGCGCCAGGGGGCCCAGCAGAGGCCUGGCAACAGCAGCCAUCACUGCGUGGAGACUGUCGCUGCUCCAAUCAAACAAAAGGCUUCCUUCAAGAUCAAGGACGCCAAGUGCCACCUGCACCCGCGCGUGAAGGGGAAACUGGAUGAGUCGGGGAAGCACGCGGCGCCAGGCGGGGCGGCCCCCUGCUCGGAUUGCCAGGUGACCUUCGUGAACCUCAAGUGCGACUCAUCAAAGAAGGGCAAAGGCCGGCGGGCCCGCAACUCCCCCAACAAGGAGGUGACACGCAUCACCCUGGAGUUUGAGGCAGAAAUCAAACCGGAAGAGGUCACAGCCAGCUGCAAUAUUAACUGCCUGCGGCAGAGGGUGGAGAAGAAGCUGAAGUCUGCAAUCAAGGCCCUGAAGAAGUCCAUAAACCAGGAGCGAUUCCUGAUCCGCUUCGCGGGCAUGGAUUACGAGGUGGCGCGGAAGCUGAGCAUGUCCCCGGAGAGGCAGGAGAGCUGCGGGCCGGGGCAGCAAAGGCUAGGAUCCAAGUGUGUUAGCUGCCUGCAGGGAAUGUAUUACCACGGUCAGAUGGAGCAGUGUGUCCCUUGCCCCCCAGGGACCUACCAGGAGAAAGAAGGCCAGCUCUCUUGUGACCUUUGCCCUGGAAGCGAUGCGUAUGGCCCGGCCGGAGCAACAAACAUAACCACCUGUGCAGGUCAGUGUCCCCCCGGCCAUCGCUCAGUGGACGGCUUCAUACCCUGCCAGCCGUGUCCCCGGGGCGCCUACCAGCCCGAAGCUGGGCGAGCUCUGUGCUUCCCUUGCGGUGGGGGGCUGACCACCAAACACGAGGGAGCCUUCUCCUUCCAGGACUGCGAUACCAAAGUUCAGUGCUCCCCGGGUCAUUACUACAAUACCAGCGUCCACCGCUGCAUCCGCUGUGCCGUGGGCACCUACCAGCCAGACUUCCGCCAGAAUUACUGCAUCACCUGUCCCGGCAACACCACCACGGAUUUCGACGGCUCCACGUCCGUGUCCCAGUGUAAAAACCGCCAGUGCGGAGGGGAGCUGGGUGAAUACACUGGCUACAUCGAGUCUCCCAACUACCCCGGCAACUAUCCCGCCAACAUCGAGUGCACCUGGAACAUCAACCCCCCCCCAAAACGCAAGAUCCUCAUCGUGGUCCCGGAGAUCUUCCUACCAUCCGAGGACGAGUGCGGGGAUGUCUUGGUCAUGCGGAAAAACUCCUCCCCCUCCUCCAUCACAACCUAUGAGACGUGCCAGACGUACGAGAGGCCCAUAGCCUUCACCGCCAGGUCCCGCAAGCUGUGGAUCAACUUCAAAACCAGCGAGGCCAACAGCGCCAGGGGCUUCCAGAUCCCCUACGUCACCUACGACGAGGAUUAUGAACAGUUGGUGGAGGAUAUUGUCCGGGAUGGCAGGCUGUACGCCUCUGAAAACCAUCAGGAAAUAUUAAAGGUGAGACCAUCUGUGAGCGGGACUGGGAAUCGGGACUCCUGGGUUCUGUUCCCAGCUCUACCACUAACUUUCCAGGCGAGUCACUUCUCCCUUGUGUUACCUAUCUGUACAAUGGGUACUCCUCCUAGUGCUGCCCCGUCCUGA